AUGACUACAAAUACAGCGGCAAAAGAAGCUGGGAGCGCCAGGCCGGCGUGUCGCGGCGGUGCUGGCAGCAGUAGGUGCCGGACUUCCUCCAAGGACGGCUUCAGGCGGGGGGCGAACGCCCCAGCAGCUGCAAAAGUUGGAGCAGCUCAGUUGGGUCAUCCGCACCGGGGCGUGAAAGCGGCUCCGAGCGUCGGAGCUGCGGUUCACGAUGCCGAGGACCGGGCGGCGGUGGCUGUGUCAUUGUCUAACAACGUACCGCAUGUAGAAGCGGUGGCAAAUGAAAUUCAGCAGAAUGGCUUCGAGGUAGAAGAAGGGACGUUUGCCUGUGCUGGCACGGAUUUACCUCAAGCGGAAGAGGGUGAGCAACAGCAACAACAACAACAACAACAACAGCCACAACAGCGCUCGCAGCCAAGUGACCAGGGAGAACUAGUCAGCAGGGGUGUCGAGACUGGUCUGGUGCCUGGCGGCCCUGCAGAGCAUGUGCACUCUUUGGAGCAGAUGCUGCUGCACAUGGCCGCCCUGAACAGAGAACUGGAAUUAGAACUGAUAGAGACACGAAGGGAGCUGGUGGCGUGUAAGCAAGCCUCUCAGCAUCAACACGGGCAUCCCAUCGCCGCCGGUCCGCGACGGGGGAGUCACAAUGGUGUUGCCACCAGUUCCUUCUACCCGUCAAAUGAGGGAAGACGGGGCUAUUUGACUGGAAAACAACAACGCGGGAAGCAACAGCUUCCGUCAGACAACAGCAGCAUUAGAGGGUGGGAGACAACAAUAACCACGACAACACCAGCAGGAAUAGCAGCGGCGGCGGCAGCAGUGGCGCAUCGUCGUGGCGAAGAGGAUGCGCCCACGGGUGAAGAAAGCCAAUCACGCAGUGUAGACGAGGCCAGCUCGCCGGAGAGAUUCCUCACAACUCGCCAGCCUCGGGAUGCACAGCCGGGCAAGCAGCGUUACUCCAGAGGCGGUGGUGGUGGUGGCGGCGGCGGCGUUCCUCACCCGCACGGUCAAAAAAAGUCUCCGACCAGACGUGCUACUGCUGCUGCUGCUGCACCCUCAGCCGCACGCCGCCGUGACAUCUCUGCACGGCAGAAUAACCGCCCCCGUGGGCGCUCACAGCCCCGUGGAGCCCUCGAUGCGGAGGAAGUUCUGGAGCUUCUAGAGACACUUAAGCACUCACUCAUGUAUCGCUGCAACAACUCACAUCAGUACCCACCGGAGAGCGUGCGGAGGCCUGCUGCGGCACCUCGAAGGAGCGCGAGGUCCGUCCCGCCGCUACCACAGUCCCAACCCUUUCUGUCACCGUCGCCACGGCACAAGGGAACUGCUGCAGUUGGGGUUCAGCGUGGCCGGAAUGCUUCGGUAAGGGAAAGAACCUCCGAGGUUGCCUUGGGUUCUGGUGCCGCGCGGAGGGGGAGCAGCAGAAACGCAAGGACAACCACGUUAACUGCUGCUGGUGGUGUUUCUGCUCCUGCACCGCGUGGUAGGUCGACGCGAGGGCGGGGUGUCCAUGCACCGUGUUUGGCCCCCAACACACCCAGCGGGAAGACUGAUGCAGAACGGCGGGAGACGCCAGCGCCACAUACUGCAGUUACUGCAGGUAGUGAUGAGUUGGAGGCACUCCAGCGGCGGUACUGGAAGCAGUCGCGUGAUAUUUUGGAGCAGCUUGAUCACAUGCUGGCGGAUGAGUAA